AUGAACAGAGUUGGUGGAUUGAUGCAGGGAGGAGAGAGCUCGUUUGAGGUAGUAGAUACGGGCAUUGUUGCCAUGGCAAAAUCGGGAAGAGAGGUCAAGCCAAACAGCACGGGGAUCGGUAUGAUAUUCAAGGGAAUUGGCAAGAGAAGGGCUGAUGGAGUUGAGGAUCCAGGUAAGGACCAUAUCCUUGGUUUGGUUCCACUGAGUAUAUUCGGGUUUGGUGGGUUCAGGAGGGAUGAGAGUGCCAUCUAUAAAGCCAAGUUUAUUCUUGGCAUUGAGGGCUCGGGUCAUGGCCUUUUGCAAUUUGGGAUAGUUGUCUCCUGUGAGAAGAAAAUACCCAAGAUCGAUGUUGCCAUAAAGAAGAUUGUUAUCAGGACAUUGAAGCUUGAAGCUUCUGUUAUGGGGAAUUUGCAAGGAGGAUACUCUCAUGCACCUGACGUUCUGUCGUAUGGUGUUGACAUGAAGCGAAUCCGAUGGUUUGGCAUCCUCCAGAGAAUAGCUUUGGUAUACUUUGUUGUUGCCAUGAUAGAGACCUUGACAACUAAGCGCCGACCAGUCGUCCUAGAGGCCGGACACAUUUCUAUCUUCACUGCAUAUCGAUGGAUUGAAGGUUUCGUUGCCUUUCUUGUUUACUUGGUCACGACGUAUGCACUAUAUGUUCCAGAUUGGAGUUUCGUGUUACACAAGGAUGAUGGAGCUAAGAGAUACACAGUUAAAUGUGGAAUGAUCAGAGGGCACUUAGGAUCCGCAUGUAACGCCGUUGGGCAUGUUGAUAGACAAGUUUGGGGAGUUAAUCAUCUCUAUUCAUACCCUGUUUGGAAACGCUUAAAGGUUUGCAACUAUGGGGAGAAUGCUCCAAGUUGUUGCCUUACUCCAUUCGAACCUGAAGGCCUGCUGAGUUCAAUUUCGGCUAUCCUCCAUGGGACCAUUGGCAUCCAUUAUGGGCACGUUCUGAUUCAUUUUAAGGGUCACGCUGAGAGGCUUAAGCAAUGGGUCUCGAUGGGCUUCAUCUUGCUCAUUGUGGCAAUCGUUCUCCACUUUACAGAUGCUAUUCCUAUGAACAAGCAACUCUACAGCUUCAGCUACGUUUGUUUCACAGGAGGUGCAGCUGGAAUUGUCUUCUCUGCUUUUUAUAUACUGAUUGAUGUUUGGGGGCCUCGUACACCAUUCUUAUUCUUUGAAUGGAUAGGCAUGUAUGCAAUGCUAGUGUUUGUAAUGGCAGCCCAAGGCAUCUUUGCGGCAUUUGUAAACGGAUGGUAUUAUGAAACUCCAGAUAAAACUCUAGUCAAUUGGAUUCAGGAUCAUAUUUUCAUCAUUGUUUGGCAUUCGAAGAGGCUUGGGACCCUCUUAUAUGUGAUAUUUGCUGAAAUCACAUUUUGGGGUGUCGUUUCGGGCAUCUUGCACAAACUUGGAAUAUAUUGGAAGCUGUGA